AUGCCAGACCCCAAACUCACUUCCUCCGUCGCCAUCGUCGGCGCCGGCGAUGUUGGUGCUACGAUCGCAUACUCGCUGAUCAUGAACCCUGUAGCUGGCGAUAUCCUAAUGAUCGACCCUAAGGAGGAGGUCAGAGACGCACAGGUCCAGGAUCUGUCAGACGCCACAUUCCACGGCAACACCAGCACACGCGUCCGGGCAGGAACACACAAGGAAGCAGGUCAAUGCGACAUCAUUGUCUUCACGGCCGGCGCGAAACAAAAGAAAGGCGAGUCGCGAACCGACCUAAUCGGGCGCAACAAGUCCAUCCUCAAAUCGGCAAUCUCCGACAUGCAGCCCUUCGCAGACCACACCAUCCUCCUGCUGGUCGCCAACCCCGUCGACGUCAUCACCUACUUCGCACAAGAGUACUCUUCCCUCCCCAAGUCCCAGGUCAUCGGUUCCGGUACUUUCCUUGACAGCGCGCGCCUGCGCGGCGUUCUCGCCUCCAAAGCCGAAGUCGCUGCGUCCAGCAUCGACGCCUACGUCCUCGGCGAGCACGGCGAGUCUCAAUUCGUCGCCUGGAGCGCUGCGUCUAUCGGCGGCGUGCCGCUCGAGCAGGCCCUACUCCCCGACACCAACCUCGACAAGGACGCCAUUGCAGAAGACACCAAGAACAAAGCGACCAACAUCAUCGAGAACAAGGGCGCGACCAACUACGGUAUCGGCGGUGUGGCGGCUAGUAUAUGCAAAUCCAUCCUCUUCGACCAGAGGAACAUCCGCCCCGUCAGCCACUGGCAGGAGGAGCUGGGUGUUUGUCUGAGCAUACCGGCCGUUCUUGGACGUGGAGGGCUGGUGCGGACGAUCGAGCUGGGACUGUCAGGGGAGGAGAAGGAGAAGCUGAAGAAGAGUGCCGAGGCACUGAAGGAGAUCAUCAAUGCUUAA